AUGUCCCCUACCAGCUGUCCUCAGGUCGUCGUCGCCGCCGCCGCGCCAUCUGCGAGACAAAAGACCCUGCCGCUUUCGAGGAUUGGAUCGGCUGAUGCGACUUGGGAUAGAAAGACCGGCAUCUCACAAUUCGAGAAUGCUUCACCAGCAAGCGGCUAUGCGCCGCGAUACCAUCUUGCAACCCGGUUGCCUGGCCUUCGUCCACACACCUCUGAGCAUUCUCCACAAUCAUGGAGCCCAUCACCUCGUACCCACGCAUCCCCACCACCUUCAUACGACGAGUCUAUUGCAGAUCUACCCCCAGACUAUACCUCUACUGAUACCCUUGCCGUUGCACAAUCCCCCGCCUAUACACCCUUCGACUCACUCAACCCUCCUUUACGCUCAUAUGCUCCAAAGUGUCCGCGCACAACUAAGAACUCAUCACCGGGCUCUUCAUUAUUCUUCGACGCCAAGUCGUUGUACGUAGAUAUCGACUUCGGCUAUAGUGAAGCUGGCGUCAAGUCACACGCAAAGAAGAAGAAGGCAACCGGCGCUGCAAAGAAGUCCACCCCUGCAGCUGCCCCAGCUGAUGAGAGCAAAGGAGAAGAAGCCGCCGGUGGUGGCGAUGGCGGUGGGGAUCCUCCAGCAGAUGGUGGGGCUGGAGGCGCGGACGGUGGAGACGGUGGUGGCGACAAGGGGAAGAAGAAGACGAAAAAGGAGAAAGAAGAGGAGGAACGCUUGAAGAAGGAAGAGGAGGAGCGUUUGCAGAAGGAAGAGGAAGAGCGCAUAGCCAAAGAAGAGGAGGAUCGAGUAGCGAAGGAGGAAGAAGAGCGUCUAGCAAAGGAGGCGGAGGAGGAAGCCGAGCGUAAGAAGAAGGAAGAGGAGGAAGCAGCCGCAGCAGCCGCAGCAGCUAAAUCCACGAUAUCAAUAACAAAAGCCGCAGCUGAGUUGAGCUGGGCAAAUCCAUCUCAAACUACUGAUGACUGGGCAUCGUUCGGUGCGGGCGCUCCCGGCAAAAAGAAGAAGGGCAAAAAGGGGAAGACUACCGAAGCCGCACCCCCGCCCCCUCCUGAACCACCGGCAGAGCCAGCAACAACCUUCGACGACAUUCUUCUUGACGAACCAGCUCCAUCAAAGAUUGACAUGAACUUCGGCGACACUGCUGCACCAAAAGCUGGAUCUGGAUUCGGGCUUCCCGGACUUAGUAGCUGGGCUUCUGGCUGGGGUUCGGCAACCAAACCAUCGGGUUGGGGAUUGAAUUCAUCGGCAGUUGGCGCCAAGGAUGCGAACGCGGAUGGAGACAAUCAUUGGGAUUCUUCGGAUAAGAAAAAGAAGGACACAGGGUUUGACUUUGAAUUCGAUGCUUUCAAAGACGCGGAAGCUGCGCCGGUGAUAACUGAGGACAAGCCGGUAGAGGACGAUGGCUGGGCUUCAGGUGCUGCCACUGCAAAGUCAAAGAAGAAGUCGAAGAAAGGAAUCCUGAUUGACGACAGUGUACCAGAAGAGCCUGCUUCUGCCCCGGAACCUGAGAAGGAGGAAGGUUGGUCAUCUUUCAGCUUUGGUAAUACAAAGGAAAAGAAGAAAAAGAAGAAGGGUGCGGUUGAGGAUAACCCUCCACCCCCAGAACCGGAACCAGAGCCUGAACCAGCAGAACCCGAACCCGAACCCGAACCCGAACCGCCAAAGGAAGAAGCUCCGGCUAUAGAUCCAUUCGCGGGGCUCAGUAAGGCCCAGGCAAAGAAACUUAAAAUCAGACUGGACAAGGAGGCCAAAUUGAAAGAAGAGGAGGAUGCCAAGCGCCAGAAAGAGGAGGAAGAAGCGGCUGAGCUUAGGCGUCAGGAAGAAGAAGAGGCGGAAAGAGUACGGUUAGAAGAGGAGGAAGCUGAGAAACAGAGAUUAGAGGAAGAGGAUGCGGCUGCUGCUGCUGCUGCUGAAGCUGAGAAGAGUAAGAAGAAAGACGACGAUAUCUGGGCCGACUGGGGUGGUGCAGCCCCAACAGCUAAAAAGAAAAAGGGUAAAAGGGUGGCAAAAGAAGAGUUACCCCCACCGCCUCCUCCAGAACCUGAGGCGGUUCCUGAUCCGGAGCCUCCUGUCACCGAAGAGAAGCCAACAGAUACCUGGGAUGACUGGAGCGCGACACCACCUGUCAUGAAGAAGGGUAAAAAAGCGAAGAAGGGUACAGUUGUUGUACCUGAGGAGCCGAUCGUCGAAGAGCCACCUCCACCUCCACCGGAGUCUGACUCGGUGCAAGAGGAAGAGAAGGGCGCUGAUUGGGGCCUAAGUUCGAUAUGGGGUGGGUCAAAGAAGAAGAAGAAGAGCAAGGACGUUGAGUUGGUAUCAAUGCCUGCACCACCUGCACCGGUAAUCGAAGAGGUAGCUCCUGUCCAAGAACCAGUUGAUGUCGAAGAGCCGAAGGAAGAUGAUGAGGACGACUGGGGCGCGCCAUCUUGGAGUAAAAAGAAGAAAAAGGACCCAAAGAAAGACGCGCCUAUCGAGGUCAUUGAGGAUACUACGACACCCGUUCAAAAACCCGAUGAGGACGAUCCCUGGGGUAGCGCAGCCUUCAACAUUGGCAAAAAGGCGAAAAAGGGCAAGAAGGGGCUCGUCCCACCAAAUGUUCUUGUCCCACCGGGUGAAUUUGAAUCUGGAAUUCCGCCGCCAAAAGAGAUCGAAGCUCCUCCGCCUGCGGAAGAGGAAGACAUCUGGGCUGUCCCAGCAACCACGUCAAAGAAGAAGAAGAAAGGAGAAGCGGCAGAUGAAGCCCCAGCAAAUGAUCACUUUGAAGAUUUGAUUUCACUGGAUGAUCCACCACCAGCUGAAGAGCCGGUGGUAGAAGAGGUGCCAGUCGAGGAGAAGAAGAAGAGUAAGAAAGACAAAGAAAGCACAAAGUCAAGUAGUAUGUGGGGCUCUUUGGGUGGAUCGUCCAAGCCGCUCAAGAAAGAGACAAGUCUUGAAAAACGAGCUCGCGAGAGGCGCGAGAAGAAGGAACGAGAGGAGCAAGAACGUCUGGAGAAGGAGGCUGCCGAGAAAGAAGAGGAAGAGCGUCUUGCUCGUGAAGCCGAAGAAGCGGCAGAGCAGGCGCGUAUAGAGGCUGAGGCUGAGGCGGCACGGAUCGCAACAGAAGAGGCUGAGGCAGCUCGGUUAGCAGCGGAAGAAGAAGAGAAGAAGAAGCAGCAAGAAGAGUCUGCAGCAUCGAAGCUCGCUGGGUGGGGAGCCAGCAUAUGGGGUUCAUCCAAGAAGAAGGAAAGUGCCAAAGAGAAGAAAGCGCGUGAGAAGAAGGAGGAGCAGGAGCGGCUGGAGAAGGAGCGCAUCGAGCGCGAGGAGCGUGAAGAACGGGAACGUCUCGAGCGUGAGGAACAAGAGCGCCUUGAACGUGAAGAGCAAGAGCGUCUAGAACGGGAGGAGCAGGAGCGUCUAGAGCGUGAAGAGCGAGAACGUCUGGAGGCAGAAGAAGCUGCUCGCGUGGCCGCUGAGGAGCAGGAACGAUUGGAGCGUGAGGCUGCUGAAGCCGCUGAAGCUGCCGAGAGAGCUCAAAGAGAAGCUGAAGAAGCUGCAGCCAAGGCUAAGGAGGAAGCGGAAAAAAGUUCUGGAUGGGGCCUCUUUGGUCUUACGAAGAAGAAAGAAACGACAAAGCAGAAACGUGAACGUGAAGCUAGGGAGAAAAAGGAGAGAGAGGAGAAAGAGGAGCAAGAGAGGCUAGAGAAGGAGGAGCAGGAGAGGCUAGAAAAUGAAGCCAGAGAGGCUGCUGAAGCUGCUGAAGCUGCUGAAGCCGCCGAAGCCGCCGAGAAGGCCCAGAAAGAAGCCGAAGAGGCCGAGCUAGCUCGGGUUGCCGCUGAGCAAGACUUGGUCCUUGAGCCUGAGCCAGUUGUCUCCUCUAAGGAUAAGAAGAAGAAAAAGAAGAGGGGCAUCGUUGUCGAGGAUGCUCCUCCACCACCUCCUCCGCCUCCUCCGCCUCCUCCGCCACCCGCAGAUGCUAUGAACGACGACGACUUGUUCGAUCUUGUAAAGGAUGCAGACCCGAAUGAGCUAAUGGCAGAGCUCGAGAAGCCCACCAGGAAGGAAGAGAAGGAAGCAGGCGGUGGCUGGGGCAGUGCUUGGGGUAUCUCUCUCCGCAAAACGAGAGUAGAGCCCAAAGUCCAAGUUCCCGUAAUUCCUGAGCCUGAGCCUGAGCCUGAGCCGGAACCGGAACCGGAACCCGAGGCUGAGCCUGAAGCCGAGCCUGACCUUGACGAGCCGCUUCCCGAAGAGCUACCAGAAGUACCAGAACCCCCGGUUAUAGAAGAGCCGCCUCCAAAGCAACUAUCGCUCAAAGAGGAGAGGAGGCUGAAAAAGUCUAAGAAGCAUCGACACGUUGAGCGAGAACCAGAACCAGAACCAGAGCAAGAGCCGGAACCAGAACCAGAACCAGAGCAAGAGCCGGAACCAGAGCCAGUGCCAGAGCCAGUGAUAGAGGAAGCGGUCCCAGAACCAGAACCAGAACCCCCGGUAGUGGUUGUCGAGCGACCACGUAAAAAGCUAUCGUCCAAAGAGGAGAAAAGGCUAGAAGAGAAAAGGCUGAAGGAAGAGAAGAAGCUGAAGAAGUCAAAGAAGUCAAAACAUGUAGUGGAAGCCCCAAUAGAGAUCCCUGAGCCAGACCCAGUGCCCGUCGAAGAACCUGCUCAACGCUCGCCAGGAAUAGGAGCUUUCCCUGACGAUGAGGCGGAGAUGCUGGACUUUGCUGACGCACCACCUCCUCCACCAGAGCUCGAAGAACCGGAGCCAGAAGCCGAGCCCGAGCCUGAAGCGGUACCAGAACCGGAGCCAGAACCGGAGCCAGUUGCUGUAGGCGGUGUCCUUGGAGAGCUCAGAAGGCUCAGGAAGUCUAAGAAGAGUAGCAAGUCAAAGGGUAUGCCUUUUGUCGAAGCGCCUCCACCGCCCCCGGAGCCUGAGUUGGAACCAGAGCCCGAACCGGAGCUCGAACCGGAACCAGAGCCAGAGCCUAUCGUCGAAGAUGAGCCAGAGCCAGAGCCAGAGCCAGAACCUGAACCUGAACCUGAACCUGAACCUGAACCUGAACCUGAGCCCGUACCCGAACCUGUUAUUGUGAUCUCUGAGAAAAAACACAGAAAGUCCAAGAAGAGCAGCAAGACGAGAGCACCACCGCCGCCUCCACCCCCACCAGAGCCGGAAUCUGAACCUGAGCCUGAGCCUGAACCAGAGCCAGAGCCGGAAGCAGAGAUAGAGCCCAUUGAAGAGGAAGCGCUCGAGGAAGCGGAUGUGCCAGAGGAAGACGAGCCUGCUCCCGAAGACGAAGAUGAGGCACCCCCAAAGCCUCCUACGCCACCUCCAGAGCCCAAGACAGAGUCACCUAGAAAAGCACGCAAAGCAGGUCGCAGUGGUCCUUCAGGGGGUUCGUGGGGUAUUUUUGGUGCAGGUGCUACCAAACCCAAGACAAGGACAAGAUCUGGUGGUGAGGAAGGUGCAAGCGGUGCAGCUGCCAUCCGCACCAAACCAACGCGGACAUCAUCAACCAGGGACCAGGGUGAUGCCAAAUCACGCUCUUCAGGAUCUGACAAGAUGUCAAAGCCAAUAGUGUCACGCUCCAAGACAGCCCGCGCCUCUACAGGGCUGGGUUCUAUGUUUGGUGUUGCCGCAGCUGCCCCACCAAUCCGCUCCAAGUCAUAUCGCGCCUCUACAACUCAAAAGGCAACGUCGCGUCGACCUUCCGUCGAUCACGAUGCUGCUAUGAUGUCACCACCACAGACAGACACAGAUGCAAAGAUGUCUUCGAAAGCAGCAAGGGUCAUGGGUGUGAAGAGCUCAUCGCGCAGAACAAGUACUAGGGAUACAAGGGACAAGGGCAGAAGCAGAGGUGAGCCGUUCCCCGCCCAUGACGAUGCGCCUAUUGGCCACCGCAGCCACGAUGAGCAAGACCUUUACGAUGAGUCUCCUCCUCCGGAAAUCCGACCAGAGCCAUCGCGUCGCAAAUCCAAGCGUGACUCAGCGCAACAACUUGAACCCUUGACUGCGCCGCCUAGCGCCGACGAUCCUAUCAUCGUAGACUCCAUGGACGUGGAUGCGGCCCCAGCUGAGGCUGAACGACCUCGCCGGGAAAGAGAACGAGAGCGCGAACGACCACGUCGCGCGCGAGGCAACUCUGAUGCCAUGGGUACCCUUGCUGGCGUCGCAGGCACUGCUGCUGCUGUAAAAGGCUUCAAAGGCAUGUUCGGACUUGGUCGCAAGAAGGCAGCACCAGAAGAGGCACCUCGAGAGCGUCGUCGCACUGCUUACGAGACCGAGGACGAGCGCAAACGUCGUAAACGAUCGACGACGCGCGGUGGUAUGACAGAAGACGAAGCGAAGCGACUUCGACACGAGCGCCGCAGUUUGCGACAUGGGGAAGAUGUCAUGAUGUCUGGCGCCAACGGUGGGGCUAAUGGCAGCACCGACUAUGAUGCCGAGAAGGAGGCACGGCGGGCUGAGCGCAGGGCCAAGCGCGACGCAGAGAAAGGAUCUCGUCGUGCUGAACUUGAAGAGGCAGAGGCCAAGGCUGAGCGUCGCCGUGAACGUGAGCGCGAAAAUGAGCGUGCGACUCUAGCAGAGAAGAAGGCUCGCCAGAUGGCCGAGUUGGAGCGUCGCAACCAAGAGGCCGAAGAACAACUGUGUCGCAUCGCUGAGAAAGAUGAGCGACGAAAGGCACGAGGCAAGGCUCCAGUCGAGGACAAAGACCGCGAACACCGCUCUUCGCGCCGCAAAGAGAAGGACCGUGACGCUGCACGCCCGAAGAGCGAACGUCGUAGAUCGCACCAGGACGAAGAAGCAGAUCGUCGCCGCCGUCACGAAGAACGUCGUGCCGCUAGACGCAACUCUGAGUACCCAGUCCCGGUCCCCGCUGAGCCCAUCACCGACUACUUCGACGAGCGCAACGGCGCUACACGGUCCAAGCAUCGUAGCUCACGCCAGGCGGCUCGGGAAGAAGAAAACAUGCCAUACCUCAACAACAAGAGUGGCGAUAAGACGUCAUCGUGGGUCGAGUCUCUCUCCAACGAGCCACCACUGCCUCCACCCAUCUCGGAGACAGUCUUGGAUCCAGCCCCGGGCACACGCGAGAUACCAGACGAUGAAGAGACGCCGUCUCAGGACGAAGACAUCCGCCUACGCAUCGCUGGACGCAAGGGCCCUAAGCGCGACAAGGAGCGUGCGGAGCGUCGCAAGACUGAAGAGCGUGAGCGUGAGCGCGACAAAACGCAUAAGCACAGUCGCCGAGCGAGCGAAUUCGUGACCGCGAAGACGGGCGAUGAAGACCGAGAGAGGAAGCGAGCGUCGAGGCGGGCGACGUAUGCGCCCGCGUAUGAAGAGGCGCCUGUCCGUACGUGGGACGGCAGGCCAGCAGUCGAAGGCACUGCUGCAACGGCAAAGAGAGGAAGUUGGUUCAAGAAGAUUGCCGGUUUCUGA